AGAGGUUUAUAACCCUGGCAUCAGUGGCAUGUCCAUUUAACAGUGUGAUCACUACUGAGUACUGAUCACCGUCUAAAUUACUUGAAGACUGGAAACUAACGUCUUUUUAAUUUUUUUGAGUCCUUGGAAACUUCGUGUAGUAGAAUUCUAGUUGAAUUUUCAAGAUGGCGGAAAUUUCUGAGCAAAACUUGAGCUCAACAACAGUUGAAGUUGGUGAUGAAAAUGGGAUUGAAAUUGUACCUGAAAAGUUGAAUGACGGCGAGAAAUCUCAGUUGGAAAUAGCAAAUGACAUUGAGAUGGCAUCAGAAGAAAUCGCAUCUGAUGAAAAAGUGGAAAUCAAAGAUGUUACUGUGAGCACAGAAUCAGCAAUGCUGCCGAUUCCUGAAUCGAUUUCAUCAUUACCCAUUCCUAAGCAACAAGAACAAGUGAUAAGCAAUGUAACGACAACAUCAUCCAGCAAGCCUGGUAUGGUACGGCCUGCUCCAGCACCGUAUGGAAGCACUAGUACAAAAAGUCGGGGUGAAACAACAAAGUUUGGAAGAAAGGGAAAAAGGAAAAUUGAUAGCGGGCAAGGAACGUCCGCAACAAAAAAGUCAAAAGGAGAGCCUGCGCAACAAAGACUGCCACCUCACGGGUAUCCUUUGGAACAUCCAUUUAAUAAGGAUGGUUACAGAUAUAUUCUAGCUGAAGAAGACCCCAAUGCUCCCAAGUCGAACUUUGAUCUGGAAUCUUGGGCUGGUAAACCUAUACCUGGAGAGCUGUACAGAGUUGCUUUACAUCACAAAGUUUAUCUUGCUUCCCAUGAUAGAGCACCUCAGCUGAAAAUCUCAGAUGAUCGUCUCUCGGUGACUGGUGAGAAGGGCUACAGUAUGGUCAGGGCAACACAUGGUGUUAAUCGUGGAAACUGGUUUUUUGAGGUAACAGUGGAUGAUAUGCCUGAAGGAACAGCAUCAAGAAUAGGCUGGUCUCAACUUUAUGGUAAUCUCCAAGCACCAUUAGGAUAUGAUAAAUUUGGUUACAGCAUUAGAAGUAAGAAAGGAACUGUGUUUCAUCAGAGUCGAGGAAAACAUUACAGCGAUGGAUAUUCAACGGGCGAUGUAAUUGGAAUCUUUAUCUGUCUUCCUGAAAACAAUCGACCAGCUGCCAAGAUUCUUCCCCCAACCUACAAAGGAAAUGCAUUAAUCAAAUUCAAAAGUUUUCUGUACUAUGAGGAAAAAGACCGCGUUGACCAAUCAGAAAAGGAGUUGACCCCUCUGGAAGGCAGUAAGAUUGUGUAUUAUCAGAAUGGAAAAUCGAAGGGUGUGGCAGUGCAGAAUAUAUUUGCUGGGACGUACUACCCGGCAGUCUCUCUGUAUAAGAAUGCUACGGUCUCCGUUAACUUUGGUCCGGAUUUCAAGUUCCCUCCGCAAGAUGUAGAUUUCAAGCCGAUAUCUGAAAUGCCCGAACAGCUUUUUACCGAGCAAACGUUAAGUGAUUUAUUAUUCAACGUCGACUUUCUAAACAAUCCAACAGAUUAUAGCGAAAAACUGCCGUUCAUGGCAGGUACUAAAAAGAAAUGAUAGAAUAUUAGUCUAUUUGUUAACGCGAUGUAAAUAUUUCUCACAUACAUGUAGUCAAAGUGAAUACUGAUUUGCAAGUCUUUCUCUUUCCUUCUAUUUGAAUUUUUCUAUUUGCAGUCGAUUUAAUAGAGCUAUUUUUACACACCCCGCGAGGAAAUUGCAGUCGUCAAUUCGAUUUAAUAGAGUUAAUUUUUAUCGGAACUAUCCAGUAUAAGUAGUUUCGUUUAUGGUUCCUCCUGUAGUAACACUGGAUCAAUAAGAAGAAAUGAUCCUCACUGGAAAUCUGGACCUCUAGGAAGAACAGUUUAGAACUGAUAGAGUUAUCCAGUAUAAAUAAAGUUAGUUUAGUUUAGGUUUCCUCGUGUAGUAACACUGGGU